UCAGUCUCGAAAAGCCUGCUGUGCGUGCAGGGGUUUUCAACGCGCGAAAACACACGCGGCGUAUACGCAACGUGGCCAUAAAAGCUGUAGGCCAAAAAAGACGAAAUAUUCCGCGAACUACAUAAAUAGGAAGCAAAAAAGAAACCAGGGAACCUAUAUAGAGACCCACAAAGCCAUAAAGACAACAACAAGAGCACUCACAGCAGAAACGUGGAGCCCAGGAACGAUAAAUCUUUAACGUGGAUUUCAUGCAUGUAAGCCAGCCAAAGACUCUCAGUCACGAUAUGAUGCAUGAGCCAAAAGCGGGUUUAAAAUGUAAACUCCUUGAAAGUGCUGCAUUUUCAGCAACCGAAGUGCAGCGGCGUUAAUUUGCCCAAUAAAAUGCAGCCAGCUACGAAGAGCAACUAGCGCAGCCAUAAAUAUCAUCAGCCAUCUGAGCGUUUACUCAGAAAUGAAACGAGUUUUCCCGCGCGAAGACAAAGGAAAAACCAACUGGUGGGGGGCGAAAAUCAACAGGGAAAGCUCAGCGGGUGGCGCUCCGCAUUUAGAGGCAGUCAAACUGGCAGCCAUCGGGCACAGUUCUUCCUGAGAUCCCGGGUUCCUAAGUCACCUCCUGGUGCUCCUGCCACCCGACUUCCUGCCAGCGCCUCCUUGAGCCGAGCACUUCCGCUUCUUAUCGCGGCAAUGUAAACGCGUUUCCGUUUAGGACUCAAUCCCAGGCUCAUUUCGCAGCAUCGGGAGCGGCAUUAAACUAGCAGCUCGGCGCUGGAUUACAAGUAAAUUGGAAAGGAUUUGAAGAUGAGCCUGCUGCGCCUGCUUGGUGCCCUGCUGCUGGCCACAUUGAAUGGAAUGGCUCCUGUGCCCGCGGAGGGACUGCACCUGUCCAACCUCUCCGUUCCGCGCAUUAUCGACGUGGCCCAAAAGGCGAAGCUCUUCUGCAGCUACGCGAUGGGCAAUCGCACACUGAACUCCGUCAAAUGGUACAAGGAUGGCCUCGAGUUUUUCAGAUACUCGCCACUAACACCGCCGACAACAAAUUGGUUCCCCGUUAAAGGUGUCACCAUCGCCGACGGUUCGCCGCAUUGCAAUCAAUUCAUCUGCAACGUGGAGCUGGAGAAGCUCAGCGCCCACUCUUCGGGGCAAUAUAGGUGCGAGGUGUCCGGCGAUGCGCCCGAGUUCAAGCUGAUCGAUCAGACGGCCAAUAUGACAGUAGGAGAAUUCGGGGUCGGGAGUUCGCCGCCUGAACUCCUUUCCAUUUAUCAAUGCCACACCGGCGGAGUGUUUUCCGGGCGGAUGGCGGAGGGAAUCACACGGAUUACCGGAUACGGAUAG